ACAGCGCACCAUAAAAUCUAAUCCGUCUCCUUCCUCUUGUUCACCAAAGCAAACCGAAGCCGCACUCUACCGCGCUCCUCCCGAACCACAGCUAUGCUCGCCCACCGCCUCCUCCUCCUCCUCGCCGUCGCCGCGGCGAGCGGCACCGCCUUCGCUAAGCCGACGGCGUACGAAGCCCUCGCUGACUACGACUUCCCGCCGGGGAUCCUCCCCAAGGGCGUGGUCGCCUACACGCUCGACAACGCCACGGGCGCCUUCACGGCCACGCUCGACGCCUCCGCGUCCGGCAGCGGGUCCUCCGUCUGCGAGUUCUCCAUCCAGGGCUCCUACUCGCUCCGCUACCAGACCAAGAUCACCGGAAAGAUCGCCCCCGACCACCUCACCGACCUCGAGGGCGUCUCCGUCAAGGUCCUCUUCUUCUGGCUCAACAUCGUCGAGGUCACCCGGCGCGGCGACAACCUCGAGUUCUCCGUCGGCAUCGUCUCCGCGGACUUCGGGAUUGAAAACUUCCUCGAGUGCCCCACCUGUGGCUGCGGGUUCGACUGCAACAACCUGCUCAUGCUGCAGAAGCCCGGCGCCGCCACCGCCAAGCUGCGCCUGCGGGGUGCCUUCUAGAACUCCACUUCUGCAGAUUUGGUGACUGCUGCUGUAAGCUGCCUCGACUAGUAGUGCUGUAUGUCUAGUAGAUGUGGGUUAAUAAAGAGGGCAAACUUGAAAGAUCCCAGCUUUUAGAUGUGGGAUGGGGUAACCAAGUUCAGGACUCGAUGUCAUGUUUCACCAAUUGUUUCAGACAGUUCUAGGAACAGUCAGAGAAGCAAUUAAGACCUUUCAAAUAUUUUAAUUUAUACGUCUCUAUGGAAAUUGUCUUAUUUCCAUUGAGAUGUUUGCCCCUCAUGUGAAUUAGUUUGUGAAGUGGUGAUAGUUGAAUCCCAUGGAUAUGGAUGGUUGC